AAAAAUCAUAAAUGGCUUAAAAUUUGUUUUAUGUUUCUAAUUCUAUUAUAAAAAAGAAAUUAUUAUUAUAUUAAUUUCACAGGGCGAUUUGGUUUACUACUUGACUCCAAGCGAGUGACAAAAAAUUCUGAAAACACCACUGAGAAAUGGAUGAACAAGAAUUUAGACGCGUUCUCGAUCUCUUCCCUGUUGUUCGAUCUCGUGACUACCACGCUGAGUUAGAUUCAUCAAGACAGUCAACUUCUCGUUCAGCAUCAAAUAAAGCGCUUAAGGAUUGGCAAGAUGCUUGGCAUGAUGUUGAAGGAAAGGAAAUGGAAAAUCAAGGAAUUGAUCUGCAUGAUAAGUUCUGGCAGAAGCUAAAAUUGACAGCUGAGGGGAAGAUGGGUGCAGAAGAGGCAGACAAAUUUUGCAAGGCAUUUCAACACGUUCACACGAAACUUGUGAACGAGGGGUUGAGUUUUGAAGCUGCUCAGAAGUUCCUAAACUCAUGAAACUGCUGAAGGAUGGAUAGUCCCUGCAUGGCUAGUUUCUGUUGUGUGCUUCUUGUUAGGUUAUUUUCUUUCUUUCUUUCUUUUUCAUCAGGUUUAUGGAGUAGUUGAAGAUUCUGUUUUGGGAGAAGCUUAUGAUGAAAACCCUUCUUGUUGUGCCUUGUUAAAUUAGUUGAUAAAAUUUGAUAGUCAUUCUCAUAAUAACCUACGUUCAAGAGACCAAGACAUUCAAGUUAAAGCCUAAGACAUUUUAAUUUCAAUACCUGCUUGUCCCAUAAGCACCUUUAAAGCCUCAUGGAAAAAAAAUGAGGAACUGCUUAUUCUUGGCUUUUGCCUUUUGCUUUUUUAGUUAUCCCUUGUAAAAUUUGAGGUAUGGACGCUAGAUAAGCUCACUCAUCAUCACACUUUAUUCUUGGUUUGCUUCCUCAAACCUUUUGAUUGCCAAUUUUUUUUUAUAAUAUCAGAGAACCAAAAAAAAAAACAAAUAUUAUGAUGGCAUUCUGUAGUAAUAGAUGGAAAUUCUCAUGUCAUUGAAGAUUAUUAAUUCAAAAAGGUUUUGAACGCUCUCCUUUUUCUUUUUUGCUUUGAAGUCGCUGAAUUUGAAGUAACAGUCUCAAGACCUGAUAAUAGAUUU